AUGACUCUUAAAGGGCAGGCUAACUUCCAGAAAGAACUGGCGGACAUGGACCACUCUAUUCGACUUUGGUACCUCGGAACAGACAAACUGCAGGAGCGGAUCCGUGACAGCAUGACUCUUAAAGGGCAGGCUAACUUCCAGAGAGAACUGGCGGAUGACUGUCAGUCGGGAAGGACCAUUCAAAUUCACUAUCCUAUUGCCAUCAAUACUGAUCUUCAUAAUGAUUACGUUGACUGUGUUCGCUUUCUUGGACACUAUGUUAUAUCUAAGGGCUCAGAUAUGUCGGUGGUCGUGUUCAGAUUUGGUUCUUUCGGAGAGGAAUUUUAUAAGAUCAGACCAAAACUACAGGUUGACACAUCAGCAAUCCAGCUUGUUCGUAUGGAGUUGCCGGACUCCGAUAUCUGGUUCAUCAAAUUUGACAUAGAUCCUCUUAAUCGGUGGAUCGUAAGCGGUAACAAGAUGGGACAGCUAUGUUUCUGGGAUCUUACCGAAGGUCUUCCCACCGUUAAUAUGACUGUUACCUUGAAAAUUGCUGAAUGCUGCAUCCGUCAGAUUUGCUUCGGUGCCAAUGGAAGAAUUAUGGUCGCUGUUGCUGAUGAUUAUUCUGUCACUAGACUUGAACGCAUUUUAGAAGGAGAAGAGGCAAGAUACCCUCGUAUUGUAAAAAUAUCGGUCUAUCAUCUGUCAAUGGUCCUUCCGCGAAGAAAGCGAAGAGGCGAAGCAGAAAGCAUGGGAGAAAGCGGAACAGCGACUCGGGAAGUUCAGAAAAUAGUGAUGAUCAUGCAAGUUGAUAUAUUUCAUUGGUUUUUCUUUAUCUUAUCGCAUGGUUAUGAUUUUGCCUUCGCUCUGCUCAUGAAUUAUUUUGUUGUCGAUUUGUUAAUUGCAGGAAUCAUGACAACCGGUUCGAACGACUUUUACUACUCUAACAAAUACGAGGAUGAUGAGUAUGAAUACCGACAUGUUCAUGUAACAAAGGAGGUGGCGAAACUCAUCCCCAAAAACCGCUUGAUGUCGGAAACCGAAUGGCGAAGUCUUGGAAUUCAACAAGUAGUUUUUUUAUUUACCUUUACCAAACGACAUGUGCUUCUAUUUCGUCGUCCCUUACCGAAUAAAAAGAAUGCUGCGGCUAAUGCUGGAGGCCAGCAGGCACAGACCCAGGUUGGUUCUCUUCUUCCCCCAUCGUUCAAUACUGUGAGGUUUUGAUU